AGUUGCUCCAGUCAGGGUCAGGGCACCGAACGAACCGAUCGAAGCAUAGCUCCUCCUGAUAUCCCAAGGACGAAACAUGAGGGAAAUUCGUUUAGAUCUGCUCCUCCUAUCUCUCGCUCUACUCUUCGCACCUGCUUUCUCCGAUCUACUCCUCUCCAAGGUUGAUCGACGGAUUGAUUUGACAUCGCAUGUAGUACGCAUCACUUCGACACUGAAGGUAGAAAAUGCUGGAACUGAUCCGGUGUCAGAGGUUUUGUUGGCCUUCCCAGAUACCCAGGCAAAAAAUAUAGCAUAUUUGACAGCAUCAACCAUUGAAGGGAAAGGAAAAACAAAAAGUUCUUCGGUCAGUCUCCCCAUUCAAGUUGUCCACCCUGAUGGAAUGCCUCCAUCAUUGACUUGGCAUUCAGUUUCUCUACUGAAGGGACUGAGCAAAGGGGAAAGCUUAACCUUGGAUGUUUUGGCCGUGUUCACCCAUACAUUACGACCAUUUCCUGAGAAAAUCACUCAAGCUGAAAUUCAGCGCGUGGCAUUCCAGGAGAGUGCAUACUACCUCUCUCCUUAUGUUGUGAAGGUCCAGUCACUUACUGUUAAACACUCGGGACAAUUUGAAUCUUAUACGAAGCUAGAAAACAGCAGGGCUUCUGGUUCAGAGAUCAAAUAUGGCCCCUAUGAAAAUCUUCCGUCAUUCUCAUUUUCACCAAUAGUAAUUCAUCUUGUGAACAAUCAACCCUUUGCGGUUGCUCAAGAGUUGGUGCGAGAGAUAGAGAUUUCCCACUGGGGCAAUGUGCAAGUUACUGAGCAUUACAACCUUAUCCAUGGAGGUGCACAUAUCACUGGGGAAUUUUCCAGGCUGGACUAUCAGGCCAGGCCCCAUGUCAGAGGGGCAUCAGCAUUCAGAAAUCUUGUUGCCAAACUACCACCAAGAGCUCAUUCUAUUUACUAUAGGGAUGAAAUUGGCAAUAUCUCAACAUCUAAUUUAUGGGGUGAUUCAACAAAGAAGCUACUGGAAAUUGAACCCAGGUAUCCAAUGUUUGGUGGUUGGAGAACUUCAUUCACAAUUGGAUACGGCUUGCCACUUCAGGACUUCUUGUUUCAGUCAAGGGGAAUACGUUUCCUCAACAUCACUUUUGGUUGCCCAAUAAAUGAGGUGGUCAUUGAAAAUCUCAUUGUGAAGGUUGUUUUGCCUGAAGGAUCAAGAGACAUUUCUGUUUCGGUUCCAUUUGCUGUGAAACAGUGGGAAGAGACAAAAAUUUCCCACUUGGAUAUGGUUGGUAGGCCAGUGGUUGUAUUAGAAAAGACAAAUGUUGUGCCAGAGCAUAAUCAGCAUUUUCAGGUCAAUUACAAAUUCAACAACCUUUCAUUGCUUAGGGAGCCAUUGAUGUUGAUUUCUGGGUUUUUUCUCCUUUUUGUUGCCUGCGUUAUAUAUGUGCACUCUGACCUUACAAUCUCGAAGUCUUCUACUGCUUAUUUGGCAAAACUGCAGUGGGAUGAGGUACAAGCAACUGUUCAACAGGUCUUGAAUAUCAUCAACCGGUGUUUAACAAUCCACGGUAAGCUAGAAGCAUCUUUACGUGAUCUCUCUAGGACAGGGGAUGUCCAAGCUUGCAAAUCAGCUCGCAAAUCAGCCGACAGUUCUUUGAAAGAGCUUUCUAAAGAGUUGAGACCUGUGUUGAUAUUAUUGCAAUCUUCUUCACAAGCUGUGCAGAUAUUGCCCAAGGUGGAGGAGUUGGUUGCCAAGGAGAGAGAAUUGCAAGAGAAGCUAAUGCUGAAACACUCUACAGUUGUGGACUGCUAUGAGAAAAAAUCUGGGGGACGGGAAGUUGAGAACCGGGUUGCAUCAAUCCAGCAGAAAAUUACGGCCUUGAGGCAGGAGGUUGAUGAUCUUCUGGAAAUCAUUGAUGAAAUCUAAUUUAUGGUAAAAACGACAAAGAUGUAACAUUCUUGAGGACCCUUGGAGCCUAGUGCUUGGGUUUAAAUUUUGUUGUGACUUUAAGAUACCGCGACAAGCUAAUUCUGAUGUCCAUGAUUUCGUAUGUUAUAAUACUAUUGAGGCAGGGAAGUGCAAGGCACUCAUUAACUUCUACACGAUGAAUGUUCCAUCUAUGAGCUAGUUUCGACUUUCAGACACGUUUAGUAAAUGGUUCUGUGUAGUCUUGUUUUAAUGUGCAUCAACCGAGAGCUUAUUGUUGAUGAACAGCAACGGCAAGGCACGAAUGCCUCUCUGGAUGCCGGUGUUUAUGAUCUAAAGCAGGUGCCAUUCAUGAGCUAGUUUGAAUACGUAAAACACUUGUAGUGUCACACAUUGUAUGAUAUAUCUG